AGUCCUGCCAUAAUCGCUGCUGUCAUUGUAGUGGUAACAUUGUGCAUAGUCGUUAGUGGCCUAGUCUUGCUCAUAUGCAAGAGGAGGGCCAAGGAGAGACACUUCAGGCAAAAUGGAGGAGAGAUCUUGAAGCACCAGAGAGUGAAAAUCUUCACUGAGGCAGAGUUGGCUAAAGCCACCAACAACUACGAUGCUAGCAAUAAGCUCGGUGAGGGUGGUUUUGCUUCAGUUUACAGAGGAAGAAUUGACGGCAACAUUUUAGUCGCAGUCAAGAAGCCUAGAGAUGUCCCUAUCAAGAAGCCAAAGGACAUGAAGAAGGAUGGCUCUUUGAACACUCAUGAUGAAUUCCUACACGAAAUUGGCAUAAUUUCACAGGUGAAUCACAGGAACUUGGUCAAGCUCAUGGGCAUAUGUUUGGAGACAAAAGUGCCAUUGUUGGUCUAUGAAUUCAUCCCCAAUGGGACUCUCCAUUACCACAUUCAUGACAAGAGAUCAACGGUCUUGCAAUCAUGGAAGAAUCGUCUUAGGAUUGCCUUGGAAGCCGCCUUGGCCCUCGAGUACUUGCAUUCCCUAGCCGAUCCGCCAAUCAUUCACAGCGAUUUCAAGUCUUUGAAUAUACUUUUGGAUGAGAAAUACUCUGCUAAAGUAUCUGAUUUUGGAGCCUCAGUUUUGAUAUCACCCGGAAAGACCCAUAUAGUCGAAAGAAUACAAGGCACAAUAGGUUAUCUCGAUCCUGAGUAUCUCUCCACUGGGCAAUUAACCACAAAGAGCGAUGUUUAUAGUUUUGGGGUUGUCCUCAUGGAGCUCCUUACUGGAGAGAUGCCGAUUCGGCAUGGAAAAUCUGGGGAAAAUAUCAAUAUCAUCCGAUCUUUCAUCUCUGCUGUGGAGGACCAAACACUCCUCCAUAUGAUAAAUUUUGAGGCAUCCAAUGAAGGUGAGGUGCGGGAGAUUGAGGCAGUCGGUUCGCUCGCUAGAAGGUGCUUGAACUAUAAUGGUGUGAGUAGGCCAACAAUGUGGGAAGUGGCCGAGCAACUGGCUAGGAUCAAUAGGAGCUUGUGGGCCGAUCAACGGAACAACGAGGAGGCUCAAAGUUUACUCAACAAGACAAGAUGCGAUUCUCCUUGGACUUCAGUUAGUGCAAUGAACAAACCGGAGUCGACUGAUCUUUUAGUAUUUGACAUCGAGGCGGACACAACUAGUUCUAGCGUCUGAUUCAUGGUUUCUAGUGCGGGGCUAUGUACAAAAAAAAAAAAAA